CUCGACCUAGCAAAGAAAAAAAAAAACAUAAAUACGAAGAGUAACAGGCUUUCAAACAAGAGAAGAAGAAAACCUAAUCCCCUGCUCUGUGAGGCUGUGAACAGGGGUGGAGGCCAAAGUUUGCUGAAUGUGUAAUGACCCCACGAGAGCAGCUGAGGAAGAUGACAGCGCUGGGAGAGCAGGGGGCUUUGGAUGAGAAGCACUGGUACCGUCUGGUUAAUGGCAUGUCUGCUGGAGAGGCUGAGGCAGAGGCAGGAGAUGAUAAUGAGAAACCAGAUGGCCAUGGCUCCGCAGAUCCUCACACAGGGGCAGCAGAGGUUACAAGGAGUCCCAACACAGUUUGAACCUCGCUUCAUGGAGAGGGAGCUUGUUCCCCCUGCGGAAAUGGUAGCUUCCGAGGCCAGACAGAUGCCCAUGGGGCCUCACCUGGGUCCACCUCUACCUCCACAUGCCAAUGUCCUGCCUGGAAGAGCAUUCCCAGGAGCAGCUGGCUAUGGCUUCUUGCCCUCUGAGCCGAUGGAAACAGUUGCCCGGCGACAGGAGCUCAUUCACAAGCAAAACAUUGCCAGAAUGGAGAUGAAUGCCAUACUGCAUCAAAAGGAGCUUGAGAACGCCCAUCAGAAGGGACUGCUGGGAAUGAAUAACCCCAUGGGGUACCCUUCAAACCCCAUGGCGUUCAGGAGUCGUCAGCGCCUGCCAGACGGCCAUGAUGUCUUCGUCCACCGUCCCACCCUGGAUGAGCUUCACUCCAACAGCCUGCUUAUGUCAGCCAGCCCAUACCCACCAAUCAGCACACUACACAGAGAGCGAGGACGUAGGGCAGGCAGGAGGCCGACUGCCCACAAGACCUCAGAGAGCCACGCCGCCAACCUGAAGGGCCAAACAGAAGACAAAGGUGUGGAGCAGAGUCCAGGAGCAACGUCAGGGGAGGAGAAAGAGGUGGAGGCAAAGGGGGACAUCGGAGAAGAGUGUGCAACCAGCAAGACACACCAUCAGGCCAAAAUAGACUCUGAGCACAGCACAGGAAGCAGGAAGAACUACAAGGAGGGGGACUCCAGCCUGCGCAAAAACUGUGUGAACAGUCAAGAUAGCUGCUCAGAUGUUCCCAAUAACAGCACGAAUGACAAAGACAUAUCCAGCCAGUGCUCAGCUUUCCAGGAGAAGUUCAUGUAUCCCUCUGCUGGAGGAGCGCUCACAGGCAUGCCUUACAUGUUCCCAGUCCCAGGAAAUGGUUUCCUUCCACCUGGUCCAGCCAAUCUCUUUAUGAAUGGUGAUGAGGUGCCUGAAGACAUAAGGAAGUGGACAGUGAAUGAUGUUUACAACUUCAUCAACAGUAUACCCACCUGUUCAGAAUACGCUCAGACAUUCAAGGACCACAUGAUUGACGGUGAGACUCUGCCCCUCCUGUCAGAAGAGCAUCUGCUGGACACACUGGGGCUCAAGCUGGGACCAGCACUCAAGAUCCGCUCACAGGUGUCCAGGCGCCUGGGCAAUAUGUUGUACAUGAUGAACCUGCCGCUCCCCACCACAGGCCUGCAGGCCACUCCAGAGAAGGCCGGAGACCGCUCACCAGAGACCGGCUCUCCCGUCAACUGCAAUAGCGAGGAGAUGAUAGCGAGUCCCGGAGACCCUGAUGUCCUCAAGUCCUCAGAGCACAUCCAAGAGACAGAGAACAACAACUCCCCUCCAUCUGCCAGCAGCGAGAUGGCCUAAUCAGCACUAAUAAUGCGGACACAUGCAAACCAAGCCAGUCCUGGCCUGCAACUACAUCUCAGCAUAACGUGUCCUCCUGCAGCAGUGGCAGAUUUGUUUACAUUAUGAUGAUCUGAUUUCACGAUUCUACGGUCAACGUAGUUUUUCUUUGUCAACACAGGCAUCAGUUUGUAAAUGUCUUUUUCUAGCUUUAAAUGACCACUUACAAGCUGCUGAGUGUAACUUCCACAGUAGGCCCGUAUAAGGACCACAUAAAUAACAUGGUAAUGGUUUUGCAACGGAAUGAUGAGUUUUUUAUUUGGUUGUGAUACAUUUAUGCAAAU